AUGCAAAUUCAAUCAUUAUGUAAUCAAAGACAAUUUUCCAAUUCCCUGUUUCAGUUGAUAAAGAAAGAGGAUCAUACUCCCCCUGAGAAACAACUCGAUUCAUCAUUGAAGGAGGAAGAAGAACGAAAACAGACAGGAUUAAUCAAAGAAAAGAACUCUCCAACAUUUCUUUCUCAAGUCUACAAUUUAAAGAAUGGAAUAGAAGCUAUGGAACAACAAGUACUAGCCUAUUUUCCAAAAUCAUCCAUCCAAAUGACUCCCUUCUUCCUGAAUGAAAUGAUGAAAAAUCCAAAGAAUUAUUAUUGGGUAGCCUUGUUAGCAAUUUUAGGAACGAGUGGAUUCUUGUACAUGUAUUAUUUAUUUUACUAUAAACAAUUUGUUGGGAAAUUGAUAGAACAGGAGAGGUUUGAUAUGGAUUCAACAAUAACUACUCUCCGAUCGAUACAAUUGAAUUCUAGUAAUUAUGGAAGCUUUCCUUCAUUGAUGGGAUUGAAUAUUGAAAAGCUUGUGGAAAAAUUGAAUUCUGAUGAGAUUAAUAUUGAAGUGAGGAGAGAAACUCUUUCUACUAUUUAUUCAUUGUGUCGAUAUGACUAUUUUCUCAAGCAAUUGAUUUGGAAGAGAGACUUUUUGUCAAGUCUUGUCGAUUCUUUGCAAGUUAGUUUAACAAGUGAGGUCACUAAGGCAAUUCUUGAAAAGUUAUUCUCCUCCAAGAUUGCCAUGAAAAUUUUGAGAGAGGAAUGUCCAACCAAUUUCCACAAUGUCAUUCAAAAAUUAAUGCAAAAUAAUCAACAUGAUAUUUCCCUCAAGUUACUGUAUCAAUAUUAUGAUGGAUCUGUGGAGGAAAUUAAAAAGUACUAUGAGAAUAGACUUCAUUUGGAUUCAAUAGAGGCAGUCAAGCGAUUAGAAUUCAUGAAACAGAAUAAUGAAUCGAUAGGGAAAUUAAAUCUUGGAGAGAAUACAGAAGGUAAUGGAUUAAUGAAAACCCUCUUGGCUAGAGUUAGUUUGGUACCACUCGAAGUGGCUUCUACUGUUGUCUAUUGCCUCUAUUCAUGGAAGAAGAGAGCUAAUUCACCUGUUCAAUUCAAUAAUCACAUUAAAAAGUGGGCCAUUGUUGCUGGUCUAGUUCCAGCUGUUGCUGAUUUAAUGGUCACAACAUUGCUUUCCAAGCCAUUUGGUAAAAAGGUGGAACAAUAUUAUUCAGAGAAUGGUUCAAAUUACAGUGGAACUAAAUUCAGUCCUACCACAAUCUUUGGAAGUGAUAUCACUAUUAUUGUUGUGGAGAAGAGCUAG